CCCCACUCCCCCCCCAACCCGCCCCGUGCCAUUAAUGAACCAAUUAAAGAGUUGGGCUCCUCACCCCGGGAGAGCUCUCUCCUGCAGGCUGCCGGGCUCAGGGACACAAGAGGCUCCCCGGGAAGUCACAGAGCGCCCUGGGAGGCAGCCCGCGGCCGGGCGCUUCGGGCCUCGGAUUGACAGCGGAUCACGGGAAGAAACGGGAUUAUUAUGAUCCUCUUCCGAGGAGCUAUGCUGCCCGCCAUGAGUAGGAAAAAAAGCCAGAAAUACCUCGUUUGGUUGCUGUGUGGUGCCGCGAGCUUCUAGCUUUAUAUAUAUAUAUAUUAUUAUUAUUUCAUUUUUCCUGCAGUUGCUUGGAGUCUCUGAGCUGCAUUGGAUAAAUGCCUUUCCCAUCCGAUUGACUCUGCUUUUCAGAGAAUUUUUUUUUUUUUUUUUUUUUUAAGAACACCUCUCUGGUCUUCGAUGCUUGUUUGCAUUUUACGCAACUAAACGGUUUCUCAGAGUAAUGGCCGCGCUCAGAAUCACUGCCUGAUGCUCUGGAGAGAUGAAUCGCGGCUGAAAGUUUCCCCUCCACCUUUGGAUGAAUCUCUGGAGUUUAAAUUGUAGGAAGGAAGGGGGAAAAAAACACGAUGAAAGAGAAGUCCAAAAAUGCUGCCCGGACUAGACGGGAGAAAGAAAACAGUGAAUUUUAUGAACUGGCGAAAUUACUACCCCUGCCCUCCGCUAUCACCUCUCAGCUGGACAAAGCAUCCAUAAUCAGACUCACCACCAGCUAUUUAAAAAUGAGGGUGGUUUUUCCAGAAGGACUUGGAGAAGCCUGGGGCCACUCUAGCCGAACCAGCCCGCUGGAUAAUGUUGGACGGGAACUGGGAUCCCAUCUUUUGCAGACGUUGGACGGUUUCAUAUUUGUCGUGGCGCCGGAUGGCAAGAUCAUGUACAUCUCGGAGACGGCCUCGGUGCACCUGGGCUUGUCGCAGGUAGAGCUCACCGGCAAUAGCAUUUACGAGUACAUCCACCCCGCCGACCACGAUGAGAUGACGGCGGUGCUGACGGCCCACCAGCCCUACCACUCGCACUUUGUGCAGGAGUACGAGAUCGAGCGGUCCUUUUUCUUGAGGAUGAAGUGCGUCCUGGCCAAGAGGAACGCGGGCCUGACCUGCGGGGGCUACAAGGUCAUUCACUGCAGCGGGUACCUGAAGAUCCGCCAGUACAGCCUGGACAUGUCUCCCUUCGACGGCUGCUACCAAAACGUUGGCUUGGUCGCCGUGGGCCACUCGCUGCCGCCCAGCGCCGUGACGGAGAUCAAGCUCCACAGCAAUAUGUUCAUGUUUCGGGCCAGCCUAGACAUGAAGCUCAUAUUCUUAGAUUCCAGGGUAGCUGAGCUAACAGGUUACGAGCCCCAGGACUUGAUAGAGAAGACCCUUUACCACCACGUCCAUGGCUGUGACACCUUUCACCUGCGAUGCGCACAUCACUUGUUGCUGGUGAAAGGGCAAGUGACCACCAAGUACUACCGCUUCCUGGCCAAGCACGGCGGCUGGGUGUGGGUGCAGAGCUACGCCACCAUCGUGCACAACAGCCGCUCCUCCCGCCCGCACUGCAUCGUCAGCGUCAACUACGUCCUCACGGAUACUGAAUAUAAAGGACUACAGCUCUCUUUGGAUCAGGUCACUGCUACCAAGCCGGCAUUCUCAUACGCAAACUCAACUCCGACCAUAACGGAUAAUAGAAAGGGAAGCAAAUCUCGCCUCUCGAGCACAAAGUCAAAAUCAAGGACAUCGCCAUACCCACAGUAUUCUGGAUUUCACACCGAGAGAUCCGAGUCUGACCAUGAGAGCCAGUGGGGCGGGAGCCCCCUGACCGAUACGGCUUCUCCCCAGCUCCUGGAGCCCUCGGACAGACCGAGCUCCCAGCACCAUGAUGUCUCCUGUGCCUACAGACAGUACUCAGACCGCAGUGCUCUCUGCUACGGUUUUACACUCGACCACUCCAGGCUGACCGAUGACAGACAUUUCCAUACUCAGGCCUGUGAAGGAGGCAGAUGCGAAGCCGGCCGGUAUUUCCUUGGCACGCCACAGCCGGGAAGGGAGAGCUGGUGGGGUUCUCGUUCAGCGUUGCCUCUGACGAAGUCGUCCCCUGAGAGCAGAGAAGCGUAUGAAAACAGUAUGCCCCACAUAACUUCGGUGCACAGGAUUCAUGGGAGAGGACACUGGGAUGAGGACAGUGUCGUUAGCUCACCUGAUCCUGGCUCUGCCAGUGAAUCAGGCGACCGAUACCGUCCUGAGCAAUAUCAGAGCAGUCCGCAUGAGCCCAGCAAAAUUGAAACUCUAAUAAGAGCCACCCAGCAAAUGAUUAAAGAGGAAGAAAACAGACUACAGCUGCGGAAAACGACUCCUGAUCCUCUGGUCUCCAUUAAUGGCACAGGGAAGAAGCACGCUAUCUGUUUUGCAAACUACCCUCAGCAGCAGUUGGCAGGGGACGUCUGCCGCGUCCCGACAGUUGCCAACACUCCUCCCUGUGAACACAUCCAGCAACGAGAUGGAAAGAUUAUGAGCCCGCAUGAAAAUGACUAUGACAACAGCCCCACAACACUGUCUAGGAUAAGCAGCCCCAAUUCUGACCGAAUAUCAAAAUCUAGCUUGGUACUAGCUAAAGACUACCUGCAUUCAGACAUGUCCCCUCAUCAAACCCCAGGGGACCACCCAGCAGCCUCUCCAAAUUAUUACAGCUCCCACAGGCAGUACUUUGAUAAGCAUGCUUACACAUUAACUGGAUAUGCCCUGGAGCACCUAUAUGACACUGAAACCAUUAGAAACUAUUCACUAGGCUGUAAUGGAUCACACUUUGACGUGACUUCUCACUUAAGGAUGCAGCAAGAUCCAGCACAAGGACACAAGGGGACAUCCGUUAUAAUAACCAAUGGAAGCUGACGCUUUUUUCUAAAAACUUUUGUGCUUUAAAAAAAUAACCUUUGAGAUCUAAUUGGAAGAUAUUAUAUGUUUUCAUGCCCUUGUCGUUACCAGCAUUUGAUAUACCACAGUGCACUAGAAAGAAUAACCUAAGGUUUGGGGGGAUAAGUUGGUUAACACACAUUACUUUUAAAAAAUAAAAAUGCACUGGCAUGCAGGGUUAGAGUGGAUGGAGCUAAACUCAAAGUUGGUGCCAUGCAAGGUGAGAAGGGUGGAAGAGGUCUAGGCAGGGAGCGCUUGGGGCAGGCUAGCAGAGUGAUUUAUGCACGUUGUGUAAGAGGUGGUUGUUUGGAGACGCUGCCAAGAUCAGACCUUCUGAACUGCAUGUGCCCCACAGGCCCCAGCCAACAAAACUGCUAUGCACUCCUUUUACACAGAAAGUUGGAAUGUGUUCCUUUGAAAUACACAUCAAAAUGUGUACUUCUGGUGAUCUGUUUAUUCCCUAACGGCCGAGUGUGUUUUGCUGCUCCAUGGUAUAAAGCAUCCAUGGCUAACCAAUGCAAAAUCAAAAAGGGGCGAAAGAAGAGAGAACUCCCCAGAAUUGUUAUUUCCUUGUACUCACAUGCAUAGCUAUUUACAUAUGCUUGAUUUGAGAGGAGUCAAAUGAGCAGUAUCCUUAUGAUUAGUAUGAUCAAAUAUUUACUUCUACUGUACUUAAAAGCAGGAGGGCCUUUCUCAGCGUAGUUUUGAGAAAUGCAUAGGGCUUGGUUGUCUUGAUGUAGAGAUGGGAGAUUGUCCUCCUUUUUUUUGAAAGGUCUCACAAGGUGGGUAGUGGAGUGAAAUGCAAGAAAAUUGUCAGGAGAAACAGGGAUAAUAGGCUGGAAUGAGGAGUGGUUCAAGAUAAACACAUUUAACCCUAUGGCUAUGUAUGCCAUUUAGUAUUAACUAUAAAAUAAGGAAAAGUGGUUGUAAGUGGCCAAAUAAUUAAGGAUUAAUUUGAAACACAGAAGGAACUCAAUAGAAUCAUAGAGAUUUUGCUGUAAAACACAAAGGCAAUUGCAUAAGUGUAAAAAUAUGAGAGGUGAGAAUAGACAAAAACUGCAUGGUGGUUUGUCCUACUUCUGGUAAGAUUUUGGAGUAAAUUAAGAAAGUAUAGAAAAUUGUAACUACUCAGUCUGACAUACAGUAAAGUUAUAGGUAUGACUUUGACAAAGGGAUAUGCAUUCUUUUCUUGCUUGCAGCAGAAAAUUUAAUGAAUAUCAGAACAUAUUAGGGAUAGCAAAAUCAGUCAUAUGUACAUAAAAAAAUACUAAGGGAAAUCAGGGUUCCAAGAAAUUCAAUUGUAUUUAGAAUGCUGAUAUUAUCAGGGUCUGUCCUAGAGUUAUAGAAGACAUCAAAAGAAGCAGAGAAACUUUUUGCAAUUUUAAAUAAUCUCAUGAACAAAGAGACACUAAUUGAUUGGAAAAGAGUAAAUAAAAAGCACAUGCCAAAAAAAGUAAAAUAGGGCAUAUGUAGGCACAAUUGCUAGACCUGUCCUUCUUUGUAUGGCAUUUAUAUGAAGUCUUAUGGUUGACUGCAACGGUAGCACCACACCAAUGUGGAGGUAGGGGACUUGAGGUGGUUACUAAAAUGAGAUUAGCACUAGGUCUAGCUUCAUUUGUAACAUUAAGAAGCUCGACAUAUGGGACUGAGUCAUCAAUGGGACUAAAUAUAAACCAGCAUGCUAUGGGUGGGUUAAAAAUAUCUAUUUUCAAAUAAAACUAAUCAGAAGCAAAAGCUAAAUAAUAACAUUAUAAGCCACGUAAGUAGAGAUGUACUUGAAAGCAGAGGAAAUUACCUCUCUGAACUUGGAAUAUUGUGUAUAGUCCUGGUCACUCCAAGGCAGAUUGUGAAUCUUGAAUUGAGUAGUACCUUACUCCAUAAGCAAUCUCUGUUGACUGCAGUGUGAUCACUCCUGGUGAAAUGUACGUUGAACACAAGGAAGAGCAACACAGUCUGGUCUUUAUUAUCUAAAGCUCAUAAUAGAAAAGGUGGAGCAGAGCUCAGCAAAAGAUAAAGAGACUGAAAGAUCUAAUAAAAACUUUAAAUAAACUGGGUCUGUCAUCUUUGUAAGGGAAAAGAGUAAGGGGGAAUGUCACUGAUGUGCACCAAGCUCUGCACAGAGGAGAGAUAAAUAAUGGUCUAAAACUAUUUGAACUAGCGGCAGAAACGAGAGACAGGGCAUUGAAUGUUAGCCAAGGCAAAAUGAGAACAAAAUGAUUUGGCAAGAAGUUUAUUUGACUAAGGGCCAAAUGAAUAACAAAGGUCAUAAAGAGAAGCAGCUAGAGAUUUUUGUUUGUUUGUUUGUUUUAAGAUAAAAACAAGGCAAAUAAUUGAGGGAAAGAAAAACAUUGACAACUGUUAACUCAGAGGAAGGAAUGGACCAAAAUGGACUUCUUUCAGCCCAACAAUUGUAUAUAUUCCUAAAGCAUAGGAAUGAGAAAGUAUUUUUGAUAAAUCUAGUUCUGGAUACAUAUUUAUUUCACUUAUUCCUAUGAAUAAUAUGAAUAAACUUGUAUUUGGAGUCUCAUUGUACAGUAUUAAAAUACAAUUUGCAAAGCGAAUUAGAGUAGAGGUACAUGGUAUCAUAUUAUCCCUACUAGUACAUAUAAAAAAAUAAGUCUAAGUGUCAAUAUUAUUUUGUAUUACAGAAGAGUUUCCUAAACUGUUUGGAUGAAUGGGAUUUUGUCAGCACCCAAUUUUCUUGGGGUCACCAAGCACUCUUGUUAUCAAGCUUUUAAUUAGAAGGCAAUAGAGUUCUGCAGACCAGCUGCAGUUCCCUGGCUGUGGUCUAAUGGCCACAAGUAGUCAGGAAACCACAGCUUGGGCGCUGUUGUUAUUUGCGUUCUGACAGGCACUUUUGAAAAAUAGAAGACUUAUAAAACAAACAGGCACAAUAUAAGAUGCUUGUACUCCAUAUGAUUUCACCUAGGAAAAAAGCCAGUGUGCUAUGCAAUAAAAAUUCCCCAUUCUUAUUUGCUGUGAUCCCAAAAUAAAACUUCCCAAACUGUAGUUAUUUAUCCUGUUUUCGAUAGUUCCAGUCCACUACAAUGACGAAUGCAGCAAAACACACUGUAAUGAACGGAACCCCUUAUAUCUCAGUAGAGAGGUCUGCACAUGCAGCCACGUUGUGCUACAAGCAAAGGCUGAUGCUCGCUCCCCUCGUGGGAUUCCAGCAACUGGCACUCCUUAGCGCUUCAGUACAGUCUGCCGGAGAUAGAUGCCUUUUGUCAGCUAAUUUGCCAUCCUGCUUCUUUAGAUAGCCAGGAAUUUCUUCUUAAUUGGCAGAAAGCAUCGAGCGUUGUAAACAUAGACUCCGCGUGCUACAUGCUACAUGAAAGCAAGUUUGCAAUCUUAAUUAUAGCAUAUAGUAUCACUGCAGCUCAUAUAACAUGUACUUUUCAAUAUGGUAUAAAGCUUAUUUUUUCCAUUACAUAUUUAUUUAAUUCAAAUUUUCAUUUAGUAUCCUUUAAGGAUAUUUUCGUCUUUCUUUUUUUCUUUCUUCCUUUUCUAAAUCAGAUGAGAUGAGAUAUUUUGCAAAAUUGAAAAAUGCAAGGCAUUUGUACCAAAUACAUUACAAAUGUAUCACAUUAGCUAAAGGUUAUCACUUUAAAGAAGGUAUGUAGGUUGUGUUUUGGAACAGAAACAAUAUAAAUUGCUGUGUUGCAUCGUUUCUCUAACAUAAUAGUGUUUUGCUAUUGGCAGCAAAUUAAUAUUUUGUAGUUACUCCAAAUACAGAGUGACCACAGCUCUUUCAAACCAUUUCCUAUUGAUAUCAGUGGAUGAUAUGUUAUGGUUUUGGUAUAUGUCUUUUGUUUAAAGAAACAAAAAAGAUCCCUCUUCUUUAUACAAAAUGGCACCCCAGGGGCAUGGAGUUUGUAACUUUGGACAAAUUUGCAAAGCAUUUCUAAGAUUAGAAGAAGAACCUUACUCAGCAAUUUGUCCCAUUGACUCAAAUGGGAAUAUUUGUGGAGUAAGGUACUACUUAAUAUUUGUAAGGGCAAAAAAAGCUGACUUCUUGUGAACCGGCAAUAGGUUUGGCGUUUGUUUGCAAAUUUUUUGUUUAAAUCUCAGGAAGUGAGUAUGGAAACUAUGGAAGGUACUAGCUGUAAUGGCCGUGUUUCUACAAUACAGGUUAUUUCUACACGCUUUGAGAAAAUGAGUGCAUCUUUGCACUGAAGAGCCCCAGAAGUAUUUCUUAAGCUUUAAAUGGCUUUUGUUGAUGUGUCUGCAAUACUGCCACAGGUUACACAGUGCAAUUCUGCUCUUUUAAACUCUUUUAAUCACUCUUAUCUGAAUCUCAUUUUUGUCUCUGGACAUGCAGCAUUUAUUCAUUAAUGCCCCUAAGUAUGUUAACCACCAUAUGUUCAUUUAUGUGAACAUCCUGAGUGAGUUGGAAAAAAUAAAAGCUUGCAAAGUAUUUCUGGAAAAGACACAGCUACCCCAGAAAAUCAGACUGGCUGUUGCGAAGGUCAGUUAACCUUUCAGUCAAGGAACAAAGCUGUGGCGUACGCAUUGUUUUCAGACCUUCUGCAUACAAAACUGUAUAUAACGGGGAUUAUAGCACACAGUACCAAGAUUAGACCUAGAUAUGUCUAUUUUAAGGUGGUUAUAGUUAAUGUCUGGCAGCAAAUGGAUUCAGGCUCUGGUCUUUCCAUGAGUUGCAAGUUUACUUAAAACACCUAAGGGUCUAAAGGCAAUACAGGCUUUGUUAAUAGGAACAAUGGUGGAUGAACAUGCUUUCCUGUAGGUAUACUGGAUUAGGUCCAGACGCCUCCACAGUGUGGAGGAGAACCUAUUUUAUUUUAUUUGCAUUAGUAUUGACGGUUAAGUAUUUCGGCUGUAUGCACUGAGAUGCAAAAAAAAAAAAGAAACAAAACAAAACCCAAAACCAACAACAGAAAAAACAAAACAAAACAAAAAACCCACAGUUUUUUUUUCUGUAACUGUUCAGUUUGGUGUUAGUAAAGUCUGCUAGAGGUGUAGCCGAGGGUUUAACUUUUAUUCUGAAGACCAAUAAAUUAAAUAGUCUUCUAUUCAGAAUGAUGACAGCACUAGUGUCACUCCAUUUCACAUUUCCUUAGAGGAUUUAUUAAUGAAAAAAAUUUUAUGUGGGGUUAAACUUCACUGUGGCAUUUAGCUUAUGUAUACAAGAGUUCUGUGGGUAAAUCUGGCUCUAAGUUGCUAGGAAUACAUCCCUUUCUGAAAAGAGGUAAUUUAUGACUCCAUCUAUGAAGCUGUAUUUGAAAGGAAAGAUCAAAUACAGGAAGAAACAAAGCUUUUUGUCUGGUUGUACUCACUAACUCCCCUCUCACAUGGAGUUCUCAAGAUUUCCUAUUGUUCUAGGAUUCAAAAUACAGUUUUUAAAUGUUUUUAUUUAUUGUAAUUUGGACUGCAUGCAUUUUUUUUUUCCAGCUACCGACACAGUGGGAAGUUUAGAAACACAAGAAAUAAUCUUGCUCACACAUUAUAGAACAUUGGCACCUUUACAUUUCUAAGGAAAUAAAGUCUAUUAGGAAAAGUAUUUUUAAGGCACUGCAACUUUUUCCCCAAGGUAAAUAUUUCAAUGCCUAAAAAAUAUAAUAAUCUAGCAAAAAAAAAAAAAAAAGCACUUCAGACAUAAUGAAGCGUUUCGUGUUUGCUUUAAACUAAUGGGUUAUAUUUAUGGAAAAAAAGACACAGAUUGCCAGCAUUUCAAAUACCAUGCCUUGCAAUGUAUAGGGUCUAGUGACAUUGUAGCAUAACAUCUGUAAUUUGAAGUUUUCCUUUGGAAUGUAAUGUAGGAAACACAAUUUAGCUAUGUCAACAAUAUCUUGCAAAGUGUUCCCAUUUAUAAUUAUUUAUAUUGUAAAUAGCUUUCUGAAGUAAAUUUGAAGUUAAUGUGCAUAAGAUGUAUUUAUUAUGUGAAGAUUUUUUUUGGUUUAAAAUAUAGCUACCAAUAUGGAAUUUUUGUCUGGUUUUCUACAUUGUAAAAACUAAGGAUUGUCCUACAUAGGACACAUAUUCAGGAAUUCAUUUUAAUUAAUGCGAGUAUUUCUCGGAACUGGGAGGAGACAUGGCAAAAGGAAUGUAUUUCGAUUCCUGUGAAUCCUAAGUGCUCUCUGAAUCUUGAAUGAAGUUUAUCAAAUAUGAAGGGACACUGAUAACGUACUGCCACCCCAUUUAAGAAAGAUGUCUAAAUCUGCUCAAAUACUAUUCUGUCAGGAAGAGCUGACUCACGGGAGCUUAAUUAAGAUUAAUUGUCUACUUUGUGAAUAGCCUGCCAUGUUUCUUGAAGCCAUGCACCACCCCCGUGCCUCAGCUAAAUCAACUUGCUGACAUGGAGAAUGAUACCCCUUAGGUGCUUAAAAUACUAUACUCAGAUAUAGAGCAGUGUUCUGACAAAGGACUAGGUUAAACUGCGUUCAGGCCGGAGAGCUGGCUAUUACUUGGGCUUGUGGCUUGUAUGGUUCAACUGACCCAUAAUAACAUGGGCCACCGUGCAGCAGCUCAGCUGCUGCAACCCUUGCCUGCUCUGGGGUUUAGGUCCUUCCUAGCUCGAGGGUUCAGGGUCACAGCUCUCACGUUCUAGACCAGUUUCUGAGCCAUCAAACACCGUCCUCUCAGUCAAUCUCGUUGUGGUUUUUCCCUGCAGGUGAACAAAUAUGAGACUGAUGGUGUCAGAGAGUAGAUGGUGUCAGGGCCUGAUGCUGCGGUUGGGUAAAAAAGCAGCUUUCCAGGAAAGAAAGUGGUUGGUCACAUAUUUUCCAUUCACAAGACUGAGAGCAAAAUACAUAAGCAGCGGGGAUGGGGGUGAGAUGCACAGAAGACUCAGUUUUGAAUCUCAGGUAAAUCAAUCGCAUAAAAUGGAGAUGCAAUUGUGCCACUGGCCCUUUGCUCCUGCAUGGACAUAGGCACUCAGUUCUCGGAGACACUCCUGGGAAUUAGGGAAUACUCUGCAGCAGUGAGUUAGAUGUUUAAACUACGUUCAUGAUUUCAGCAUAUCCCAUGGGGUAGUUUAGGCCGUUCCCCUCUCCUUGGCCUGAAUUUGGCCUUGGUUCUCCAUGCAGGCAGGAAAUGGUGUCAUCUUUUCCCCAAACGAUGCUAUUUAGCUGUGCAAAACAUGUGUCGGGUUUCUUUCCUUCUUUUUUUUAAUUUUUUAAUGCAUGGUUGAGGGGGUUCAGAAAUGCCCGUUAUUGACCUACCUCUCUGUCUUUGAAGCCCAUGCUGAAAAAAAGACACUGAGAGGCACUCAUGGGACCAUAUUGUUCUUCACAGGGCAGCAGUGGUCCUAGUUUCUCCAUGCUCAGCUCUGCAACAAAACUGAGUAUCAUCCUGGAUUCUGUGUGCUGAAAGUCCUCCCACAUCCAUGCCUGCUCUUGUCCCUCUUCUAGUGCAUAAAGAAUACCCAUUGCCCACUGGUCUCUAUUGACUCUUGGCUCUUACAUUCAUUGGCAAAUUGCUCUGCAGUGAGGAAAUCUGCUGUCAUGGCCAUUGUAAUAAAAGUGUGUGAUACCAUCAGGAACUUCCUCUAUCCCCAUAUGGUGGCCAUCAGAGGCUUCGGCAUCAGCAAUUUCAUUUGAUGCAGCUCCUUUGACUGUCAGAAGGUCACAAAUAGCCUGCUGCUGUGCCGCCCGGCAUGCCUGUGUGAAUAAAAAGGGCUAUCCACCGCAGCAGAAACCCUGACAGACUACAUGGUUUCUUCGUGGAUGUUAACAGGAGUUCUCCUAGGCAUACACACAACACCCUGGACUAUGGUUCAGAGGCCAGGUGCAAGGCUCUGUGUACGUGGAAACAGAUGGACCUCACCAUCAUCAGGCCUGCUCGUCCUCGCAGACAUCUCUCUCUGCCCACAGUCUGUCAUUGCCUUUCUCCCCAGUCCUCUAAUUUUCGGCACUCUCAGGCAUUAUGCCUUCUAUUUCUCUUUUCUCCCUUCUGCCCCAAGCCCUGGCCUGUGAUUUCACAAAUCCCGUGAUCUAGCUUGCCCAACAAGUGUCGUCUGUUGAUCCUGAAAAUCUUGUUUUCCUUUUUAUGAGGAAAAUGGCUAUCCAGCAACUGUUUCCGUCACUUGCACUCCCCUUUCCCUUUCCCUUCUUCAUACAGCUGGUGUAAAUGCCAUACUGAGGACCCUGCAAUCUUUUUCUCACAGGCAUUAGUUCUGCUACAAGAAAGCUAUUGGUUGGGGGAAUGGAGGUGAUGAACUUUUCUGAAAAGCUACAGACAAAAGAUGAUAGAUGCCUUCAGCAUACCAAAUACACAUACUACUUUAGCUGCAUUGCAGAAUGUCAUCGCUCUUACCCUGCAAACAGAACAUAAAGAUGAAAACUGAAACCAGAGGACAUAUGCCUGUGUUGGAAAAAUAACAACAAAAGCUACUGUCACAUGCACCUGAGAGGGAAACGCAAAAAUUGUGUCUUUGUCUAAGCAUGCAUUAACUUACAUGCAAAUAAUGAAAUGUUCAUUAUUACUGUUCAUCUCAUCAUUAUUUUUCAUUUGU